AUGGCGAAUCCUCGAGACCUGAACGUCACAAUCCCUUUCAAGCUCGACGCAUUUGUGCUCAACGAAACCCUAAGCAGCCCAGAUCCCAACGAGGCCAAAAUCGCCCCGAUCACCCAGCCCAACUACACCUUUUUGCAGCUGGAAGAUCAGCUUCUACAACAUGAUAUCCUGGACCCCGUGGACCUCCACAAUGCAUUUCCCGCGAGCUCCAACUCCCGGCUGUACGACUUGGGCAAGGGAAAACCGCGGACAAACCGUAUGGGGGUUUAUCUACAUUGGGUGAUGCCUCGCUUCUACCGAACUGGGACUGCAGCCACUCCAUCCGCAGCGUCAGACCACGGCGAGCAACGCAAGGCCCAGGGGCUGCAUAGCGCCGCGGCCGACGAGAAGCCAGACUAUACAGCGCCUGCAUUCCGGCAGCUGCCAAACCGAUGGCUCGUGAUUCGGAAACUGGAUCCCUCGGCGGAAACGACCAAGCCCAGAAACGCACCCAUCCCCGCGGUGGAGUCUUGGGUUAUUGAAAGCGAUCGAAUCCAGGAAAUCGACAGAAUUCCGGUAGAGAAAGAUUUGCAGGUUGACGUGUCCCCGUACAUCACGAGUAACAGCGAGGGUGCGAAAGGGAUCAAGCUAAACCGCCAGGCAGAAAUCUUCAUUGGGUACAAGGAAUCUACGACCACCUGGAAAGAGGGCAAAGACCCCAACGUCAAGCGCGUGGAUUUGACCGCGGUGAACAGCUCGAACCAGCUCUUCCUUGACUAUCAGCCGCACUGCAGCAAUGUCUUCUCCACCGUCGACGGGUUCGAAUACAAGGACGGCGGCACCACCAAGCGCCUGGAACAGGCCACUGCGGAUUACUACGUGAUUGGGUGGCAUUCGGAUGAAAGACAAGCGCCGUUCGGAGAACUGAGCCAGGAGGGCUCUCGAGAGGAGCGGCUCAAGUCGCUUUCAAUGCUGCUGAAGGGGGACAAAAAAGACUGGCCUUCGGACUGGCUCACAGACAAGGGACCUGCCGGCAGCGUCUGCCAUGGAGCCAUGUAUAACGUCGUCUGGAAUCGCAACCAGCGUCCCGACAAAAUCCCCGCCAACCAGGCGUCGGAGCAUCUCCUCGACUCUAUGCCAGUGACGGUGGGCACGACGCCGAUCGAUUCGCUACUGUCCUACAUCGACUGCCACAAACACACAAGUGACGAAACCCCGGAGCAAAAGCAACUGGAAAACGACAUACACAUGCUGGAGCCGCUGCUCCGGGCACAGGAUGAAAAGGUCGAUCUACAUCGAGUCGCCGUGGACGAGGUGCAGAACUGGAACUUUGCCCGCGAAUCUGGCGGUUCACACUGGCACCUGCAAAGUGCCGACGGGGAAAAGGCUACGAAGCCAUCGCCGCGCGAAGUCGACGCGCUAGAGGCCCUGAACAAUGCCCAACGGGUCCUCGACAGCACCCAGCGGCAGGUCAUUCAGCUUCAAUGGGACAUGUUCGCACACUGGUGGCGAUUCGUGAGCGGCGACGUUGACUCCCCAACGACCAAAACUGAGAUCGAUACUCUCAGGGCGCUAGUCAAGGAGCUCCUCGACUUAGCACACCGGCAGAAGGAUAUAAUUCAGAAAAAGCUGCUAGUCUUCCGACAGAAACCUCAGGAGGGUGUGCUGCCCGAAUUCAGCCAGCCGCGUGACCCGACCUUGUUGGUGUCUGGCAUCGAGGCUGGAUGGCCCGAUGAUUAUCUGGAUGAUCUCCAGGUCCGUUUGGAAAGCCAGCUGGUUCACGGAGAAGUUCCUGAUAGUGACCUCUCCUUGUAUGGAGUUAAAACGCUCCCCGAGCAUCUGGUAGGGACCGCCAAAGCGCUGGUUGGAGAAUUUACGACACUGAAGGAUCCUAAUGCCGUCGGAGACAAGGGUCAUCCUGUCCCUUUAUACCACGACCGGGGAAAAUAUAAUGCAUCUGAUUCCCGCGAUCAAUGGGCCAAUACACAGCCCUGGGCGCCCUUGUUUCUUGAAUGGCAGGCGGAGUAUUUCCAUAUCCCGUGGGCUGACUGGGAGCUGUCCCCAGGCCUGACACCACAGUGCAAAGACCAGAUCGACAAUCGAUGGCGGCUGGGGAUCGAUCCCUCGAAAAACCUGCUCGAUCCUCAGAUUGAGGACAAACGGAUCCUGUCAGGGCGAAUCCUGCUGCUGCCACAACCGAGCUUCUCACUCCAUGCGUCCAUCGUACAGCUGCUGAACUCGGUGAGCCCUGAGGUAAAGAAGAAGUACAAGAUUAAGGAGCUGGCCGACAAUACAUGGAAGUUGCCGUUUCUAUCGGCCCCGUUGGACGGGUUUACCGAUCACUUAUUGACCAUGGUGCAUGCCCAUAGAGGAUGCUCUCGUCGGGCCAUUCGAAAAGGAGCAUCUGGAGGUCGUUGA